GAUGCUGCCGUCAGUCGGUGUUGCAGGGAUGCGGCGGCGGGAGCAGCCGCCCUGACUCCCUCCCUGGUGGAGCAUCCUCCGAGCGGCACCGCGGCGGGAUCGGAGAGGGGAGGCAGGAGAGGCACGAGCCAGCGCCCGGCUCCCCCCGCCAGCCAGCCCGUCAGGGACGGCGGGGCCCCAGGGCCCCAGGCGCCCCCAGAGCCAGGCCCAGGCACCGGCCCCGCCCCCGAGGAAGCCUGAGGACAGAGGCCCCUUCCCCCGGAGCCCGGCGGGGGAGGCCCCCCAGCAACCACCAGCAGCAGCUAGCCCUCUUCCUCCCUGCCCCCCGUCGGGGGGGCUGGGGCUAUGGCGCAGUGAGCCUUCGCGCAGGAGCUCGAGGGCGCUGGAGGACGCCCGGGGAGGCCGCCCCCAUCCUGGCCCCAUGCACCUCCGACUGUGAAGCCUUAGGGCGGGGCGGGGCGGGGCGGGCGGGGCCACGGGGGCCUAGGCGGGGGCGCGGCCCAGAGCCAGAGCCUCCAUGGUGAGCCGGGUGCCCGGGGCGCUGGCCCUGGUGCUGGCGCUCAGGCGGAGGCUGCUGGGGCCUCCCGGAGCGCUGGCGCUGGCCUUGGUGCUGACGCUUGCCCUGGCCCGGGGCGCAGCGGGCCUGGAGUUCGGCGGAGGCCCUGGCCAGUGGGCGCGCUACGGGCGCUGGGCGGGCGCAGCGAGCAGCGGCGAGCUCAGCUUCAGCCUGCGCACCAACGCCACGCGCGCCCUGCUCCUCUACCUGGACGACGGGGGCAACUGCGACUUCCUGGAGCUGCUGCUGCUGGAUGGGCGCCUGCGGCUGCGCUUCGCCUUGUCGUGCGCCGAGCCCGCCACGCUGCACCUGGACACGCCGGUGGCCGACGACCGCUGGCACAUGGUGCUGCUGACCCGCGACGCGCGGCGCACCGCGCUGGCCGUGGACGGCGAAGCUCGCGCCGCUGAGGUGCGCUCCAAGCGGCGCCACAUGGAGGUGGCCAGCGACCUGUUCGUGGGCGGCAUCCCGCCGGACGUGCGGCUGUCGGCGCUCACGCUCAGCACCGUCAAGUACGAGCCGCCCUUCCGGGGCCUCCUGGCUAACCUGAAGCUGGGCGAGCGACCCCCCGCCCUGCUGAGCAGCCAGGGCCUCCGCGGGGGCGCCGCCGACCCACUCUGCGCAGCCCGCAACCCCUGUGCCAACGGCGGCCUGUGCACCGUGCUCGCCCCGGGCGAGGUGGGCUGCGACUGCAGCCACACGGGCUUUGGCGGCAAGUUCUGCAGCGAAGAGGAACAGCCCAUGGAAGGUCCGGCUCACCUGACGUUAAACAGUGAAGUAGGGUCCUUACUGUUCUCCGAGGGGGGGGCCGGUCGAGGAGGAGCCAGUGACGUGCACCCACCGACGAAAGGGAAGGAGGAGUUUGUGGCCACCUUCAAAGGCAACGAGUUUUUCUGCUACGACCUGUCUCACAACCCGAUCCAGAGCAGCACGGACGAGAUCACGCUGGCCUUCCGCACCCUGCAGCGGAACGGCCUCAUGCUGCACACGGGCAAGUCGGCCGACUACGUGAACCUGUCGCUCAAGUCCGGCGCCGUCUGGCUCGUCAUCAACCUCGGAUCCGGCGCCUUCGAGGCCCUGGUGGAGCCCGUCAACGGCAAGUUCAACGACAACGCCUGGCACGACGUCCGGGUCACCCGCAACCUGCGCCAGCACGCAGGGAUUGGACACGCUAUGGUAAACAAACUGCAUUACCUGGUGACCAUCUCAGUGGACGGGAUCCUGACCACCACGGGCUACACCCAGGAGGAUUACACCAUGUUGGGUUCCGACGACUUCUUCUACAUCGGGGGCAGCCCCAACACGGCAGACUUGCCGGGUUCCCCGGUCAGCAACAACUUUAUGGGCUGCCUAAAGGAUGUGGUCUAUAAGAACAAUGACUUUAAGCUGGAGCUGUCCAGGCUGGCCCGUGAAGGGGACCCCAAGAUGAAGCUUCAGGGCGAUCUGUCUUUCCGCUGUGAGGAUGUGGCCGCCCUGGACCCGGUGACCUUCGAGAGCCCUGAGGCCUUUGUGGCCCUGCCCCGCUGGAGCGCCAAACGCACGGGCUCCGUGUCCCUGGACUUCCGCACCACCGAGCCCAACGGGCUGCUGCUCUUCAGCCAGGGCCGCUGGGCAGGUGGGGGCCAAGGAGGCCACGGGGCUGCCCGGGCCGACUACUUCGCCAUGGAGCUGUUGGACGGCUACCUUUACCUCCUCCUGGACAUGGGCUCUGGGGGCAUCAAGCUGCGGGCAUCCAACCGGAAAGUCAACGAUGGGGAGUGGUGCCACGUGGACUUCCAGAGGGACGGGCGCAAAGGCUCCAUCUCGGUGAACAGCAGAAGCACCCCCUUUUUGGCUAGUGGGGAGAGUGAGAUUCUGGACUUGGAGAGUGAGCUGUAUUUGGGGGGCCUCCCCGAAGGGGGGCGGCCAGACCUGCCGCUGCCCCCCGAAGUGUGGACGGCGGCACUCCGGGCUGGAUACGUGGGCUGCGUUCGAGACCUCUUCAUCGACGGGCGCAGCCGGGACCUUCGGAGCUUGGCCGAAGCCCAGGGCGCUGUGGGGGUUGCCCCUUUCUGUUCCCGAGAGACCCUGAAGCAGUGUGGAACAGCUCCCUGCCGAAAUGGGGGCGUCUGUCGAGAAGGCUGGAACCGCUUUGUCUGUGACUGUGUUGGGACAGGCUUCUUGGGCCGGGUUUGUGAGAGAGAGGCCACGGUUCUGAGCUAUGAUGGCUCCAUGUAUAUGAAGAUCAUGCUGCCCACAGCCAUGCACACUGAGGCGGAGGACGUGUCCCUGAGGUUCAUGUCCCAGCGUGCCUACGGCCUCAUGAUGGCCACCACCUCCAAGGAGUCAGCGGACACCCUGCGCCUGGAGCUGGAUGGGGGGAGGAUGAAGCUCACCGUCAACCUUGACUGCCUGCGCGACGGCUGCGCACCCAGUGCCGCAGGUAAAGGCCCCGAGACGCUCUUUGCUGGACACAAGCUCAAUGACAAUGAGUGGCACACGGUCCGUGUGGUCCGACGUGGCAAGAGUCUGCAGCUGUCCGUGGACAACGUCACUGUGGAGGGGCAGAUGGCCGGUGCCCACACGAGGCUGGAGUUCCACAACAUUGAGACGGGCAUCAUGACCGAGCGGCGCUUCAUCUCCGUGGUGCCCUCCAACUUCAUCGGGCACCUGAGUGGGCUCUUGUUCAACGGGCAGCCCUACAUGGACCAGUGCAAAGACGGCGACAUCACCUACUGUGAGCUCAAUGCGCGCUUUGGCCUGCGCGCCAUCGUGGCCGACCCCGUCACCUUCAAGAGUCGGGCCAGCUACCUGGCGCUGGCCACGCUCCAGGCCUACGCCUCCAUGCAUCUCUUCUUCCAGUUCAAGACCACGGCCCCCGACGGGCUCCUCCUCUUCAACUCGGGCAACGGCAACGACUUCAUCGUCAUCGAGCUGGUCAAGGGGUACAUCCAUUAUGUGUUUGAUUUGGGGAAUGGCCCAUCUCUGAUGAAGGGGAAUUCAGACAAGCCUGUCAAUGACAACCAGUGGCAUAAUGUGGUGGUAUCAAGAGACCCAGGCAAUGUGCAUACGCUCAAGAUUGACUCACGUACAGUCACACAGCACUCCAAUGGUGCCCGGAACCUGGACCUCAAAGGAGAGCUGUACAUCGGCGGCCUGAGCAAGAACAUGUUCAACAACCUGCCCAAGCUGGUGGCCUCUCGGGACGGCUUCCAGGGCUGCCUGGCCUCGGUGGACCUCAAUGGGCGCCUCCCGGACCUCAUCGCUGACGCCCUGCACCGGAUCGGGCAGGUGGAGAGGGGCUGUGACGGCCCCAGCACCACCUGCACCGAGGACUCCUGUGCCAAUCAGGGCGUCUGCCUGCAGCAAUGGGACGGCUUCACCUGUGACUGUACCAUGACCUCCUACGGGGGCCCCAUCUGCAAUGACCCCGGGACCACCUACAUCUUUGGGAAGGGCGGGGCGCUCAUCACCUACACGUGGCCCCCCAAUGAUCGGCCCAGCACGCGGAUGGACCGCCUGGCCGUGGGUUUCAGCACUCACCAGCGCAGCGCCGUCCUGGUGCGCGUGGACAGCGCCUCCGGCCUCGGGGACUAUUUGCAGCUGCACAUCGACCAGGGCACCGUGGGGGUGAUCUUUAAUGUGGGUACUGAUGACAUCGCCAUUGAUGAGCCCAAUGCCAUUGUGAGUGACGGCAAGUACCAUGUGGUGCGCUUCACCCGGAGUGGUGGCAAUGCCACCCUGCAAGUGGACAGCUGGCCAGUGAACGAGCGAUACCCAGCAGGAAACUUUGAUAACGAACGCCUGGCGAUUGCUAGACAGAGAAUCCCCUACCGGCUUGGUCGGGUAGUAGAUGAGUGGCUGCUCGACAAAGGCCGUCAGCUGACCAUCUUCAACAGCCAGGCGGCCAUCAAGAUUGGGGGCCGGGACCAGGGCCGCCCCUUCCAAGGCCAGGUGUCCGGCCUCUACUACAAUGGGCUCAAGGUGCUGGCCCUGGCCGCCGAGAGCGACCCCAACGUGCGGACUGAGGGCCACCUGCGCCUGGUGGGGGAGGGGCCGUCCGUGCUGCUGAGCGCGGAGACCACGGCCACCACCCUGCUGGCCGACAUGGCCACCACCAUCAUGGAGACCACCACCACCAUGGCCACCACCACCACGAGGAGGGGCCGCUCCCCCACCCUGCGGGACAGCACCACCCAGAACACAGAUGACCUCCUGGUAGCGUCAGCGGAGUGCCCCAGCGACGAUGAGGACCUGGAGGAGUGUGAGCCUAGUACUGCUUGUCAAUGUCCUCCCUAAAAUGGAAGCAUCCAAAUGGAACACGGCAUGCCAGAUGGUAUCUGGCCAGAGGGGAGGACGCUGGGACAGUCACCUCGCCCCUCUGGAAGCCAGCCUUCUAUUAAUGGAGUCCCAGAUCAGGUUCCACUUGGGCUGCUACAUCAUCGCACUGUUGACUCCCACCGCAGCCCCAAAUCUUUCCAGCCCAGCCAUUUCUCUUCCUCCAUCCCAUGUUUUUGCCAGUCAAAUGUAGGGCUUCCCACGUUUCCCUAUUAAAACACAUCUUGUUCAAGGGAGCCCCUCAUUCUAGUUUGGGGCACCUUUGGGGAUCCCAGGCCUGCCCUCCAGUGUGUUCUCUACCCCCCCCAGCUCUGUGUCAUCCACGAUUUUGGCAAGCCAGUGAAAAAAGUGGGGUCGGGCUGGAUUUCUGAGAUCAAAAACAGCAGAGCAGAAUUCUCUCUGGAAUCCUCCAGAGGAGCUUGCCUCGGUGGUGGUGACCUCGUCCAUCCUUCCCUUGGGAGACUGUAGUGAGGAGGGGGGAGACAGAAAUUGUUCCUUUGCUUGAUUAGUCACCCAGAGGGAGAGUUCAUUUUCCAGCCCAUGAACCCCUUGAUUACUCCAGGAGAAACCUCCCCCCAGGCUGGUUAUGGGCCCAGUCAUUCCACCAGUCUUCAAUGUCACCCAACUUACAUCUCUCCGUGGAUAUUGUGAGACUGACCUCACUGAAAUCCCCUUAUGCAGUAUCUAUAGAGUUUCCCUAAGAACCUUCUCAUAAAGAGGAAUUGAGGUUCAUCUGGGGUUUGUGGUGGACCUGUGUUUGAAUCCAGUCUCAGAUACUUACUAGCUGUGAGACCCUGGGCAAGUCACUGAAUCUCUGUCUGCCUCAUUUUCUUCAUCUGUAAAAUGAAGGAAUUGGACUCAAUGGCUUCCAAGAUCUUUUCCAGUUCUAACUCUGUGACACCCAUCCACCCACCCCCCACUCUGGACCAAAUGAACCAUUCUGGCUCUUAGUGACUACUGUUUCCCUUUCUCAGUCCUCACCAUCCACCCUUCUACCAGUACUAGAACUCUGCCAGAAUUAAAUUCAUACUUGCUGUGUUUUUUCCCCUUUCCCCACUACUAUGAUAUCUCCACAUCCUCACCAAUCUUUCUGAGCUCAGUGACACUGGCUCCAUCAGGACCCCAGAGACCUGGGUGCUUCCCCACCAUCUAUCAUUUCAAUUCUCUGAGACAUCUUUGUGCCUCUUUCCUAGACUAGACCAAAGACUAUUCUCCUUGGCAGGAAGAACAAAGAGCCAGAAACAAAACAGGACUUGAGCAGCUCUGCCUUUUUUCUUGCUCCAUUCCCAUCAUCCCAUCUGCCCCAGGUGCUCCCAUCACUUCUUUCAUCCCCUCCCUCCCUCCCAGCAAAGCUAAAAAAGCCUCAGGAGUUUUCUUUGGAAUUUCUCCCCAGCUUCAGUUACUUCUGAGCUACAUCAUCCCUGACAAUUCCUCCAGGCUUUGGUCUUUCUUUGCAGGCAUCUUCCGCUCUUUUCUCCUCCUCUGUACGUGCCUUUCAAAAACGAGGAUUCAGUGGCACUGGCACAUCCACGUUGGUUGCUCCCACGGGUUCAAUAGGUUUUCUUUUAGGUUUGGAGAACUUUGUUCUUCAGCACCUCCCAUCUCCGGUUUCUGGAUUCUCAGUCCAAGGAAUCCCACCUCCCUUCUUUUGAAUUUGAAAUCCAGUCUUGUGCAGCUAUGAGAGCUCCCCAGAUUAUCAGUGUCCUCAGAAUUCAGCAUCCAGGAUUCAAUCUCAGAGCACGUAGCUCGGACCCAGAGCAAGGGGUCAGUGGGGCCAUAACUAAUGGAGUCCUGGGCGCCGAGAGUGAAUUUGCCUUCUUGGUUGCCUUGCCCCCCCACCCCCUGCCC